AUGUCGUCGGACGAUUAUUGCCGGCGACGCGGUAGGCGCGUCGGCGCGGCGGGCGGCUCAGCGGCCGCAGCAGCGGCUGCGGCGGCGGCCGCUUCGGCAGCGACCACCGUGCGCGGCGGCGGAGACCAGCAGCAACAAGUGCCGCCGCAGUUCCCGUCCGUCUGUCGUCUCGUCGAAAAGUACACGAUGCUCAUCGAACGGCACCGGCAAAAACAGAACGGCCUGACUCCGUCGGCCCGCAGAAAACCGUCGGCGUCCGCCGCAGCCGGCGACAACGGUGCCGCGGCCGGCGGCACGGCCGCGGCGGUCCCGUCCGCUGUUGCCGCGGCCGCGGCCGCUUCCACUCUGGCGGUCGACGUGUCGUCCGACUAUUCGUCGCUGUCCAAAUCGGCCGGGCCGUCUAGCCCGGCGCUCAGCGACGACGCGGCCGCCUGGAACCGGCUGCUGAUGGACGACGACGUCGUCGGCGGCGACGUCGACGACAUGGACGACAUAGACGAUGACGACGACGGCGACGACGACGACGAGGACGACCCGUCCGACGACGCGGAACACUACAACCGGUUACACCGUCCGGGCAGGCGCCGCGAACGGCAGCGCGUGAAGCCGACCAGACACCGCGACGGCGACGUCGACGGCGGCGACGGUGGCGGCGGUGACGUCCGGCGGUUCAGUUGCGAAUCGCUGGGCAGCAUCAUACCCGGUACGUGCACGCGCAUAAUAUUAUUAUUGUAAUAAGCAUUGUGAUCAUAACGUCACCGUGCAGUCGGCAUCGCCACUCUUUACACCACCUGUGCCCGCCCGCGGUUUCGCCGUGCACACGGCGACCGGAGGGGGAUUUUAGACGCCGCGGUCACCACGUGUUCGCCGCCAUCUCCUCCGCGUUACGCAACAUCCGCGGAGCGCCAUGCGUCUCGACCGGCCGGCCGACGACGCGCGCUUUUCAGUCGUCCGCGCCCGCCGCCGUCCCGAGAUAAUAACGCGGCGGGAACGCGCGCGUCGAUCCCCACCGCCGCGUAAUCCCCGACUAUUGCCCUGGGCCCCGGUGUUUAUUUAUUUGUUGUUUUGUUUUUUUUUUUUCUCUCCGUGUUUUUCCGAAAUCGUUAUUCUCAUUUCACACGCGUCGCGCGAACGUUGUCACCGUCCGCAAUAAACGCGAGACGACGGCGACGACGACGACGACGUUAACGCACUACAACACACGACGAUGGUAAUCUGCGUUUGUCACUCAUAUAAUACGCGUGCACGGUGACGAUGACAACACACUCUUGUUCGCGCGUAUUAUCUACAGAGCGUUAUUCGGUUACGCCCGUUUUCACCGCACACCUAUAUAAUAUUUAAUGCUCGUACUGGUACGCGUUAUUCAUACUGUCGUUAUUAUUAUUGUUAUACAGAGUGCGCGACGUGAUGGCGCGAAAUAAUCGGGGUCCGUCAAGCGUACGGUGGCGCGAGUCCACGCGACGUUGCUUGCGGUUCGGUUACGCCACCCGGGGAUUCGUCAUGAUUCCGGAAAUAGGUUCGGUCGGCCGAACCCGUCCUAAUCUCGCGAUCCUCCGGCGGCUUUGAGCGCCCCGGGGGUGGGAGGGGGAGGGGGGGAGGUUAAUGCCAUUUUCGGACGUUUUUGCGAAUCGAACAAUCGUCGUUAAUAUUUUAAAAUCGCAUUCUGCGCUGUCGACGUUUCCGUGAUUACUGAACGUUGCCCGAUGAAUAAAUUAAACGUCGUCGACGCCCCGCCGAAUAUCGGAUUAAAUGAUAUCACGCCAUCGAACGGACACGAUAAGAAACUGGUGGCCGUCGCACUCGGCCCUGUUUUACGGUGAUAUUUCGCGUUGAAAACGCCAAAAAACUGUUCAACACGGAUGUGCAAAUUACGUUCGCGAUGAUCCGGCGCCCGAGGGCAGUCGCCGCUCUUCACCACUUUGUCUGAUCGCAUCGCUGCCUCGCGCACGACGUGGGGGGGGGGAGGACUACGUUCGUACGAGUUUUCGGUAAUCGGACGACGAAAAAUUACCGGAUUACGUUCGGUCAGGCCCGUGGCCAGAUCAGUACUUUAGAGGGUGGGCCGAACCUCGGUUAUAGACGGGGAUUAAAAAAAAAAAAAACAAUAUUACGACUGUUUUAGAUUCCGAGCGUGGCCACGGAGCUAUCGGUGCCAGGUUGGUUAAUUUUUUUUUUCUUCUCCUUCUUCUAAUCCGCGGUAACGUUUUUUUUCCCAAUAAACUUGCUCCGAUUUUUACGCGUAGUGACCGUUCUGAAAGCUCGAGUUGUCUGGAUGGUGCUUUAUUUCCGACGCCGUUUUUUUUUUUUUUGAAAAAAAAGCACUGAAAUGGAAACGAUACCCGUUCGUUUGCACGUGCGGACGUAUUUCUCUAUUUUUCUCCUAUUCCCGUGGCUAAAGGCCUCUACUAAGUAUAAUUAUAGUUUAUCGCAUUGACGGACACAAUGUAACAACAAGGCGAGUUCAUUUUUUGAAAUAGCUCUGGGGAAAAACAAUGCUUUGAGUAAAAAUAUCUGUUUUCAAUUUUCAAAACCUUUAUUCAUAGAACGUAUACUGUGCUGUUGUUUUUUUUUUUAAACUAAUCGUGGACCCAAAUAAAUGUUUUCAGUUUCGAAAACGCGGUUGUAACUGUGACCAAUAAUUUUCGGGGAAUUAUUUGUUUUACUUUUAUAGUAGCAUAAACCUAGAUUUACGUUCUAAAAGUUUAUAAUUGAUUUAUACUGGCUUGAGUGCGUAUUGUAAUUUUGUUUUUUAAUAAAUAAAAAGUUCUUAUAACAAUGUAUUAAAUUCAAAUAUUUAAAGUACAAUUUAUUAAAAUUAAUCUAUCCCUUGAAACAAAACUUUAUAUUAUUCCCCUUAUUGUUUGUCAUAUUUGUAUAUGACUUAUCUGGUUCAGUUACUCCCUUAUUAUUAUAUUUUCUAUAGAGAGAUAAUACAAUAUUCUCGUUUAAUGUUGGUAUACAAUCUACAUGUAAAACACAAAUCAAAUUAAUUCAAACUUCUGUUGUGCAGAAGCUAAUGUAAAAACAAUUAACUCUAGUAUGGGUGUCUUUUAUAACUUUCAUAGUUUUUAAAGGUUCCCAUCACUGGUUAGCUUCCCUGCUCCACGCCUCCCAAAAAAACGUAUUAUUUUUGUUCGCCUAUUUUUCUUACUGUAAUUUGUUUGUAAUGUACAGAUUGUAAAUUUUACGUAUUUCUUUUAAUAAUAAUAAAAAAAAACUUGUUAAAUUUAAUAAAUGAGACGGGUAAAAAAAACGGCGGUAAACAGAUACGAUAUUAUAUAAAAUAAUAUUUUAUAGGUUACGAUACAUUUGUUACGUGUUUGUUAGAUUUGUUAGAUUAGGUGCUAAUCACAUACAAUGUUAAUAAUAACAAAUAAACAUAAUAUGAUCAAACACGCUGUGGCGGCUUAACCGCCAAACACGUUUAUGUAUACUGCAGUAGGGCAAUUGCUCAUUUAUUAUCGAGCUUGUUGAUUUUUUCAAAUUCACGAAAGACUUGAAUUAUUUAGUGAACAUCGCGGAGAUGAAUAGGAAACUACUGAAAAUUUGAAAACAAAAAUAGCGACCCGUGCAUAAACAUUUGUUUAUUAAUUUUUCAAACCUAUACCCGAUAUGGUAUACGUAUUGUUGCUAUCUCGCAACUACCUCACGUUUUUAAAAAAAACGUCCAAUAAAAGUUACGUAAAUAAUUUAGAAUUUUAAACUCGGCGGAAAUGAAUUGGUUUGAAAGUUUUAUUUGCCUCGGAUCGAAAUCUUCAUAUAUUUUUUCGGAUGUUUUUUUUUUUUUUUGUUUUUUUUUUUUGUGGAGUUCGGAGUGUAGCUGACGCGUAAUAUUUUAUCGCGGGAGUUGAAUUUGUGUUGUUAUUAUGUUUUCGUAUAAGCUUAAAAGCCCGUCGUCGCUCCCGGUACCGGCACGUGUAACGGCGUCGCGACGUUCGCGCGCGAAUCGCCACGCGUUUGUCCAAUAACGGCGCACGCCCGCGGUUACGCGGACGCGCCUUUUGGAAAACGAAACCGCCCGCGCACGGCGCGCGAUAAUCGCCAAAACGCGCGCGCGCCCGCACUCACCUACGCGUUCGGUCUCGCGUACCGUUUCUAUAAACGCGCGCAUCGCUAACGACCGUCGGCCGCGAUUCGCGCGCUUGUCAAAUGCGCUCGUGGCGGGCGCGCAAAGGUUCCCGAGCGGAAUCCGCAGCAACGGGUUCGGCGGGACUGGUCGCGACGGGCUAACGGAAUUUAAUUACGCGCCGGUCGGCCGGCCGAGCGAGCGCGCGCGGUAUAAAAGAGAGAAAAGAAAAAAAAAAACGAAACGGUAGGGACGUCAAAACGAUUGAAAAACAAUUUUUUUUUUUUUUUUUCUAAAUACGCGUUACAAUAACGGAUACACGCGGAUAACGCAUUCUCCGUCGAUAUACAGCGUUACCAGGAAAUUCGAUAAAAAUGUAUUUCGAUUUCCUCCUAAAAGAAAAAAAAAACAAUUAAUAUUUCUAUUUUUAAAAUGCAUUACAAUAGAUUUACCGAUUUCACCAGAUAAAUACGAUGCCGACUGCAAUAAAAAAAAAAAAAAACGAUAAGCUGUUUAAUGAGUUGUUAUGUAGUAUUUGUGUUGCACUGUUGUGCUUAGUAAAUUCGUGUACCUAAUAAAAAUACAUUAUUUUUUUUCUUAACGUUUAAAAAAGGUUUUAGGGCAUUUUUUAACCAUUUUUUUUUUAAAUUUUACCGUGUUUUUUCCAAUUUAAUUGUAUUUUUUAAAAGCAUUUUUCGUGUUUUUUCAAAGCGUUCGAAUCCGCACCCUAAAUUAUAAUAUACGGGUUCGGUUUGCCGCGUGACGGUUAUAGGCGAUGGAUACCCGUACAACGAUUCGACGGAGAGUGUAUCGCUAACGGAAAUCGGUGUACAAAUUUUUGGUGAUCUUGUAGGGAAUUUUCGGUAAUCUUAUAUGUAUGUAAAAACCGGAUUUAUGUGUUGAUAAAAUCCACAAUUGUGCAUUUGAAAACGUCGAAAUGUCCAAAAAAAUCAUUUAAAAAUUAUAAAAACGCAAAAAUAAUAGAGGGAUUUAAUAGUCCUCCCUCUGACAAAUUUAAUUUAUAAAUACAAUUUUCUAGCUCCACACAAAAUACUAAUCUCGGGUAUAAGGAGUAAGGACUACCAAAUAUUUAUAUUUGAAUUCAAUUUUUAUAUUCCAGUAAAAAAGCUUAAAAAAAUAAUCAUUUUAUAGAGUUAAUUGUUCUUCAGAAAAUCGAUUCCGUAUCGACUUUUUUAUUUUCAUUAAAUUCGUAAUUUUAAAUGGUUUUUUAAAGAUCCGAGAAAAAAGCGUACAGUCAAUUAGCUAUAAUAAUAUUAAUAAUAAUCAAUUACGGAUGACGAUUACAGCUCGUUGCACAAUUAUACAUGCAUUUGUCUGAACUGUAAACAAUUAUUAAAAACCGUACAUUUAAUGAAAAUAAUAAGUUGAAACGUUGACGUUUUCAGAAGAAUGAACUCUAUGAAAUGACCAUCUUGUUCGACCAAAACAUAAAUAAUAUUCAAAUGAAAAUAUUUGUAAUCCUUAUACUACCCGCGAGUGGUAUAAAAAAAAAAAAAAGGAGAAGACAUCAUAGGCUUAUGGAGACGGGAGCAGCCACUGUUAUAGGUGAUUUAAUGUACAUCAUCUGUUAGCAAUGAUUAACCAUUAUUAACGAAAAAAACGAUUCUGAGCAGAGUUCGGUUGAUUGUGAUGCUUUCAACAACAUAAAUAUGAGAUAUUAUGGUAUAAUAAUAAAAUAGGCAUCACAUAUUGUCUUUAAUUAUAUUUGUUUACUGUACCGAUUUUCCCGUUUUUCCUACGAUUUCCUCAGUUUUUUCACGUUUUUUCCUGGUUUCCCACAUUCGCCGGGAAAAUUCUUGAGAAAAUCGAAAAACGACCACGUUAAAGUAUCAUUGCACGCCGAUUUUCAUUCAGAAAAGAUGCUACACGUAAAAAUCGGAGCAAGUUCUCUGGUAGAAAAGUUGUCCGCGGGGAAAAACAAAAAAACCUAUUUGUAAAAUUUUCGUCGCUCCACUCAGAAUCGACAACUAGAUUUGAUUGUGUCUUUAUUAUCUCGAGAGAUAUUGCAAUGACGGGUAUAUCUCCGUCUAAACGGUAUUACUUGACUAUAAGGCCCGGAUUCAAAUGCAAAGUGCAUGCAAUGUACUUGUAUAUUGUUUUUUUUUUUUUUUCCCCCGGUGCUCUAGAGUCUAGGUCAAUGCCCAUUCUUAUACAGUACCAACUCACGGAUAAUUCGAUUCGUGUAACAGGCGGGUCGUACUUCCACGUAGAAAGCGAAACUCGUGUUUCGCAUUUUUCGACUCGAUUUUCCCGUUAAACUUUUUUUUUUCCCGGUCAGUUUUGACCGGCCGUUAACGUGGUAAUAACUAAAAAUGCGGUGGUUUCGAUGUAAUCGUUGGAAAGAAAAAAAAAAUAAUAAACGAUUUCGAUUUCGAUGAGCAACUCGCGUGACCGUAAUAUUAUUAUAUACUUAUAAGUGAUUGAGUACUGCGGGGCGUACGAUGCGUAAAUUUUUUUUUUCGCCGUCAAUUUUACGAAUCUCAUUAAGAGGUAAUGCUUGGCUAACACAACAUUGUGCUGUGGGCAUCGUGCGUCAAGCAGAUAAUAACAACAGCGCUAAUACCGCGUAUCGAUACAUAUAAGAUGUAGAAAAAAAAAAAAAAUUGUUCAGUCAUAGGGCAAUAAAAACAAAAAUUGAAUCAUUUCGUGUUACGGUAUUAGAUAAAAAGUUUGUUUUCGCAAUCUAAUAACAAUCGCGUUGUUAUACUCUGCGCCGUUACAUCGUUACUGUAUUGUAAUACCCGAAAUGUCCAGUCGCGUAAAACUUUAUUAACGUGUACGGACGAAAAUCGACGGUUUUUAAUAUUUUUAAAAUUUAGGUCACGCACGGUACUUCGUAUACGUACGCACAGUAUACUGAGCGAACGGUUUUUGUUUCUUUAAUUUCUGAUAUUUGUUGAAAAAAAAAAAAAAUAGAAAUUAAUUUCACGAACAUAAAUAUGUUGGCUACGCAAGAUCGAACGUCGCUGCAGUAUAGUUUUCAAUACAUUUUCGAGGGUUUUUUUUUUUUUUUUGUAUUUUAGAUUUUUUACAGAUUCGUAUUUUGUAUACUUUUAAUCCGCUUUUUUCGUAACAAUAUGACGUUCGGAAAAAAAAAUUCGGGGGUCGCGAUUGAAUUUAUUCAUUAUAAAAAUAAUUACAAUAUGGAUUGUAUUUAUUUUUUUUUUCACCGUUGCUUUAAAUGGAUUAUACACUACGCAAAUUUGUUGCAAUACACCUAUGCACCGUAUAUAAAACACAAUGAUAACGAUCCAACUUAUGGAUUUCCAAAUUUAAUUCAAAAUGAUCAUAUCGAUGAAUAAUAUACAGUAUUUAUUUAUUUUUAUUCGUUUAAUAGUGUUUUAUUUUUUUUUUUUUUUUUUACGAACGACCGCAGUGAUUCGCUAGUACGUGACUCCGUCUCCGAGUUUCGUUUGAAAAUCUAAACUAAAUACGCCUAAAAAAAAGAACGCGCGGAAAAUCAUAUAAACAGUACUAAAACACGGAGAAAUACAAUAAUAUUUUGAUAAAACAUGAUUGGAUAUAAUUAUUUUUCCGCGCACCCGUGUAUCGGUUUAGAGAAUUUUAGCAGAAUACAUCGUCUGUCUCGGGAAAAUCCCUUGUUUAUCGUGAAAGCCUUUCACGGUGAAAUGUCGAUAUUAUUUUAUUUUUUUUUUUGUGUCUAAUCAUUUUUUAUUAAAAUAUUAUUGGUAAUUAUCAUACGAUGACUCACAAUAUAGCUGCGAUAGAUUCUGAUACGCAUACACAGCGCGUGUUUCACUGAAACGGUAUCGCGAUACAUUUUACCCGGACGUACUUUGAUGGAAAUGGGAUUUUUUUUUUCUACAAAGUCUGGGGGAACCGAAACAAACGCGUGCAGCCGAUUUCUAAAAUUGUAAUUCUUGUGGUGUAUCCGCGUGCAAUAAAACUCACAUUUUCUUAAACGCUUGUUUUUAUCACUAGAUUCGAAUCGUAGUAUUUUUUUUUCUUUAAUGUGUUUUGCAUCAAACAACUGUAAAUCACUAACACCGUUUUUUUUUCUCUCUUCUCAAAAACUACCCAAAGCUCCCAAAGUUUAACCCGAGUUGAUUAAAAAAAUUACGAUUUUUUUCUCGUUUUCGAUUUAUCUCUAUCUCGGGCGUUAUUUAUCUCGAAUAAAGUAUAGUUUUUGAACAGGAAAAUUUUCAGUUAUAUGAAAAAAAAAAAAAAAAAAAAAACGAAAACAAAAAAUCGGGAUAUUCGAAUAUAAUGCUGAAAAUAUGCGUUUCUGUUUGAGAAAAUAUACGUUUUAUUUUUCACGCGUGCACCGCAAGAGAUAACAUUUUGAAAAUCGGCCAAAAACAAUGGCUAUAGUUUCGUUUGUUCUUAUUUAUUAUUUUUUUAAAAAAAAAAAAAAAAAAAAAAAAAACCGCAAUUCCUAUAUCCGAAUACGUCCGGUUAAAACGUUUCGUGUUCCAAUUUGAGCGAAACGGUGUCCGCUAUGUAAUAAUGCGAGUUCAUAAAGUUCAAUAAUAGUAUUGUUUCUAUAAUAGUAGUGUGUAAAUGCGCAUAUUUAAUAUUCAACUUUUAAGGUCACCGAUAAAUUUAUUUAACAGACGGAUGUCAUUGCGUCAAAAUCAUAACAAAAAAAAAAAAUUACCAUACAACUAUUAUAAUGAAAUAGUAUUCGAAUUUUAUCGUACAACAUUAAUAAUUGUUGAAAGAAUAUGACGAACCUCGUGAUUAAUUUUCGAUCGGUUUUGUUGGCCCGAAAUUAUUGUUUAACGCUCACUGUUUCGCGCGCGCGUUACCGCGGUGACAAAUAAUUUAUUGAUUAAACGCUUACUAUGUUUUCAUUUGAAAUUCGCGUUUCUAUAAUAUAAAUUAAAUUGUAUUAUUCGCGCAUUCGAAAAAUGAUUUAAAAAUUGUACAACAUCGUAGAUAUUCGAACCAGUGACGGGUCCAGGGGGAAGAAGUCGAUAGGGUUCAUCGCCCCACCCCCCGUUCACUCUUCAAUAUAAUCUUAGCCCCGUUUUAUACCCAUAGUUUGAUUCAUCGUUGAGCUAGUCGUAAAUUCGUACGUUGUAUGAAUUUUCAAAAUCGCCCCCUAUCCCCGUUAUCUUGUCCUGGAUCCGCCACCGAUUCAAACUAUUGUGAAUAGACCAUAAUUUUAUUUUUUCGGCUUUCUCGAACAUACGGAUUUAAAAUUAAAUAGGUUAAUACAAUAACUGUGGAUGUAGUUAAAAUCAGAUAAAUUUAUACAUUAUACAUAUUAUAAACUAUUGUUUUUAUGUGUCGGAUUACAUGUUAAAUCGGGAAUCACUGUUGUAUUCUAAUUUAAGUUCAUUACACACUUUUGGAUCCACGGUGGUUUUGGUGAUUGCACAUUUGCACUUGGCAUAAUAUUGUAUACGAACAAAUGCCACGGUUUUCCUAGACACGUGAGUAUGAAACGUAUGCCGCAUUCAUAGAAUGAUACCUUGCCAUUUGUUUAUCGUUGUUGGAAAGGCCUGCAGUUGGAUUGCGAUCGUUUGAAUUGCAACGGCAUUUCUAUUAUGAACAUUGCAGGCUGUGGCGGCGUGAUAAUUUUUUAUUUCACGAGUCAAACAUAGAUGUUAGAGAUUGAUCACCAUCACCUUAAUGUUAUUAGACAGAGUCGUGGGGAUAAAGCCCCCGCACACCAUCCCCUCUCUACCUCAAUUUACCAUUCCACAAUAAUAUGAUUUAAAUCAUAGUGAUUUUAUAUCUUAUGAAUAUUAAAAAUUGGGCACUGCAUACAUGUAUUUUAAUAAUACAUUAUACCUUUUUUUAUAAUUCACUAUCCGUCAAUAAAAGAGACCACUGGAUUAUAAUGAUCAAAAUACCGAGCCAUGUAAAACGUGCGACAUUCAAACGACAGAGUUUAGAACUCUAUGAGAUUUUUUUUGAAAAUUUAUUUAUACAAUUAACAAAUAAUUUAUUUUAUUUUAUCUUCUUCGUAAAAAAUAUAUAAUAAAAUAAUAAAGUAAAAACAAAAUUAUUAAAAUGGUUAAUACUCGUAAAUAAAUAAAGUAAAUAAAUAUAUAAAUAAAAAAUGUACAAAUUAAAAUAAAAUAAAUUCAAUGAAUCAUAGCAUCACCUGGAGUAUUAUGAUAAGUGUCUUACGACCGGUUUCGAGUUAAAAAUUCAUCAUCAGGUAUAUCACAGUCAAAAUGCAAUGUCAGUCGCAUUUUAAAUUUCGACUGUGAUAUACCCGACGAUGAAUUUUUAAUUCGAAACCGGUCGUAUAAUAUACUUAUCAUAAUACUCCAGGCGACACAUUGAUUCGUUUAUUUACUUUAUUUAUAAAAAAUAUGUCUUAUCGAAAUAUUUGAAAUACCCUAUCACGCCGUCACUGAUUGCGGGUAUCCGCGGUAUUAGUAAAUUUCUCUCCUUCGAAUUUGUCAGUUAAAAUGUUUGGUUGGACGAUAUUGUUUAAUGUGCCGGAAGGUUAUAGGGGACUUUGUACACUUGAAAGACGGGAGAGGUAGUAGACCGUCGGGGAAAGGGGUAUACGUGGUUAAUGGGUGUCAAGUGAAUACAAAUCGUACAAAUACAAAUUUAUAAUUUAUUAAGUACCCAUAUAUAAUACAAUAUACUAUUAACGCCCGUGAGCAACUCUGACGACCUUAACCGUUUUAAAUCAUUUUUAUUUUCCGUUGAAAUAAACGGUCAACACAUUUAUCUGAAGCCUUUUAUACGCGCGUUCACACUCGCACCGCUGCAGUUGUACGACGUGACCGUUUUUAUCCAUUUAUAUCAAGACGCAUUCUACUCGUAUUAUUAAAACGUUUUGCUGUUGUUGUUGUUGUUGUUGUGCUCGUGGCUGUCGUCUGCUAUAAAAAUAAUAAUAGUAGUUACCUAUACCUAUAAUAGAGUAAUGUGAGCGAUCGGUUCAAUUUAGACCAUCCGCUUUUUUUUUUUUCUUUACACAAUUUCCUCUCGAUUAUUCUCUCGCAGUCGUAAUGUGCGGUGAAUAUUGUUGCCGGACGACCGACCUUGCCUAACCUAAUACCGUCAUAAUAAUAAUAAUAUACCUAACCUACCUAUAUAUUAUUAUAACGAGUAUGUAGUCACAACUACAAAAGCGUUUCGCGUGCGUACAUAGCGAGCAACACCGAUCGGCUGAGGUCGAACGAUAUUCAAUAAUCGCCGUUUAAACGACCCGACUUGGCGUAUUAGAAAAUAAAAAAAAAAAAAGCUGGUGUACUGUACACGAUCAGGCAACUGUUGUAGGUGUAUAGUUGGAAGAACAGAACAGGGUGUACAGAGAAAUUCAGUUUGUAUUUUGUACGUAACGAUAAAUCAUUUCUAAUGAAAAACGAUUCUGAGCACUAGAGUACUAAAAUAUUAUAAGACGCAUUUUACGAAAAAUUGCCAGUUUUUCCUAUUUAUUACGAAAACUAAAAGACAAAUCAAAGAAUCACCUGCACAAUGCAUUAACUGGAUAAAAAAUAUUACAAGAAAAUAUUUGAUACGUUUCUGAUUGGAUUAAAAUAUCUUGUAGAAAAUUUAUUUAAAAAUAAAAAUGAAACGCCACCUCAGUAAAACCAAUACAUUUCUCGCUACGCUCAAAGUUUAAAAUGGUUUAUGGAAUUGCGUUCAAUUAGUAUUAGAUAAGGAUUGUCGAAUUGUACUCAUUACAUAUAAAUUAAAAUGGUCCGGUUGCAGUUAAAAACAUUGCAUUCUGGUAAAAGAUGUGUGAUAGACAAACUGCACUAAGAAAAAGCAAUUAUUUUCUGAGAUACUUUAAAAAGCUCAAAAUAAAAAUAUAUAUUUAAUUAGAUACCUUAGAAAAAUAUUUCAUUUUUGAUCACAGCAUUGAUUAAAUUGUAAGUAGGGAAGUUUUUUUUUGAAACAUUUAAAUCGAUUUUUGACCAGAAUGCAGUUAAACCUUUUAAGAUUCUGAGCGGAGCGAGGAAUGUAUUGGUUUUACAAUGAUGAUUUAAUCUUUUUCUGUGGACAACUUUUUUACCAGCAAUUUUGUUCUGAUUUUCAAAUAUAGACAUUUUCUGAAGUGAAAUUUGACCGGGGUGAUACUUUAGGGAGGUUAUUUUUUAAUUUUCUUAGUGGUUUUCAUAAUAUAUGAGAAAAAACAGGAAAAACGGGAAAAUAAAUAAAAUCUAUUAUUUUCAAAUUAUAAAUAUAUUGUGGCCUUUUAAAACAUGUAUAACCGUACUCCGCUUAGGAUCGUUUUUCGUUAGCAGAGAUUAAUCUUUACGUAAAUAUAUAAAUUAAAUUCUUUUCGAUAUCGCGCGUAGCAUGUCUGUUUAAUAACAAUAAUAUAGCGAACACGGCGUAUAUAAUAAUAUACCUACUCAUAUUUUCGAACUAAUAUAGGUAUAUUUUUUACAUUUUAAAUUGUCAACCAAAUAAAUAUACGCGCGUGUUUUUGAAUAAUUGACACUUAAAAAGGAAUUGUAUGUAGGUACGUGCACUGAAGAAAAAUUAGGUAAAGAAAAAAAAAAUCCAAUGUCCGGAAAUGACUUGAUAUAGUUAAUAUGAUAUUAUGAAUGAUGUGCGUGAUGCAGUUUUGACCGGUGUCCUUCAGUUUCAAAACUUGGUUGGUUAUGCGUUAGAUUAGGUCAUGGAUUUAGUUUUAUUUACAUCAACUAUUACCUAUGGUUUUAGUACCUGUUGGUUUGAAAAUUAUAUAAAAAAAUUAUAUUAAUAACAAUAAUCAGUUAAUGAUAAAUUAUUAUUAAUAUUAUUAUUAUUAUUUUUUUUUUUUGCUGUAUUUCAAUUUCAAAUAAUCGUAGGGACCUGUCACUUUUCUCUGUAUAAUAUAAUUUCAUGUCUAGUGUCAAGAGAGUUAAUUGGGGAGUAGGAGCUAUGUGAUCAUUUUUAGAAAACUUUAUGUAUCAAAAAAAAAAAAAAAAACAACAAUUUUUACAACAAAAAUUUUAAUAUUCUAUGUAUUUAAUUUUGGCGAAAAUAUCAAUAAUAUGAUCAUACCCAAACUACAUACUUGUACUUGUCUAUAAUAGUUGAAAGUAUGUUUUUUUUUUGUACCUAAUUUUCUUUUUAAAAAUAUACACAUUUUUUAGAAAUUCGAAUUCGGGAGUCCGCAGAUUUUAUGCCCCACCUGAAUUCACCCCUGAUUCAUGCCCAAAUUCUAUACCCCCUGCUUUCUAAUCUUCUGUCACUCCGUUAAUCCAUCUCUUUCUAGGAUAUCAACGUAGUCGUUUUCUUUGAUAUUCAUAUUCAUAACCAGCUCUUUGAGGAUCAUUGUCUAGCUCCUAUUCUUAGAGUAUGGCAUAGACAUUGGAUUCGUUGACCUCUGAUGAAUCUUGUUAUCGCUAGUUAAAAAUAUACUUGUAAAAAAAAUUAUAAAUUAAUAAAGUAUCUUUUUAAAUUCAUAACUCACUAUCCAAGCUUCUUUUGUUGCGAAUUUGUCGAUUAUUUGAGAAAAAUCCAAUUCUCGAAGCAACUCACUUUCCAUACUCGGAAGAGAAAUAAUAGUUGAUAAUCUAUUGUGUUCCGCCGAAGCGUAAAAGUAGUCGGAUUUUAUUUUGGAAAAUGAUCGUCCUCUUCUAUAAUUGGAUACCGUCAAGACCAAAUACCCUGGAUUACAAAAUUAAUCACAAUUACUUCUUACCUUACUUUACGUUGUCUCUUAUUCGGCCACGACGGAAUACCAUUUCGGCGAAUAAAUCUAACUCGGCCGUCUAUAUUUUUUCAGAUGUAGAAAAAUCCGGAUUUGCCGAAAAUCAAUAAUCCUGUUUCUCGGAAACCAAAAACUUAUUAAAAAUCAAGAUCUGCUAUUUUUGAAACAUCGAUUUUUAAAUUCUUUUAGGCAAUUUUGAUACAAUUCAUAAACUGAUCAUAGUUAUACAUUUGAAAUUCAAAAAUGGAUUUUUCGUAUUUUGAAGUCCAACAUCCGGAUUUCUUUUACUAAAAUUCGAAAUCAGGAUUUAUUGGAUUUUUGGACGAUCCAAAUUUAUGUCAAAUAACUUUAAAUACAAUAAGCGCCACAUUAUUCGCUGAAUAUUCGUUGAUAUAUAUAUAUUUGUAGUUAAUCGAAAAUAUAAAAGAAUAAUGAUAAAAAUAAUAUAAUUCUAGUUUUUAUACGAAAUUUCUGAUACUCAACUCAUUAAUUUUUAAUUUUUUUUUCUUUAUUUUUGCAUAUUUUGCUCCAAAGCAUGUUUACUUUUUAAAUCGUUUUGAUUGGUUUUUUUGCUUACGAUAAUAGAUGUACAAGCACAUUUUUCUCACAAUACAAUUUAUGUGGCUAUUUAACGCAGAAAAGUAAUUUUCAAAAGGAUAAUCAGAUAAAAAAGAAUCAUCUAACCUCAUAACAAUAAAAAGUUAUUUAUUUGAGACACACACACAAUGUGACGCACUGCUGCGUCGAGUCAAAAUGAAAUUGUUCCCACGACGACUUAAUACAACUUCCACUUAAACGUACAUGGUAUUUUUUGUAAAGAUAAAAAAGAAAAGAUAAAUAUUUUGUAACAUUAUACUGCAACUAUAAGAAAUUAUGUUCGAAUAAUAAUAUACAAGCUCGUCGAACGAUCAAACACGAAUUUAUGCAUUUAUACGACUUGUACGAAUUUGUAUGCGAUUUCCAUGAAAAUUGUCAACAAUUACAUUUUCAAAAGAAUAAUAUAAAAAAAAAAAAAAAAAAACGAUUUCAGAGUGCAGAAAGCAAAAUUUGUUAUCAUCAAUAUACUAUUGAUUCGACGAAAAACGAUACCUCAUUUCAGCUACCGCGCUACGGCGUGGCAUUGUAAUUUUAUCACUUUUGGUUUUAUAUUUGGUCACGUGUCACUACUGCAAUAUAAUCACGACGACGACAUCGUUUCGGCCGCCAAUUAGUCGCAUCCGGAGAAGUAAAAACUAACUAACUGCUCGUGAAAAAUGGUUUUUUUUUUUUUUGUCACUUAUUGUUAUACAUGUCUUUUACUUUUGACUUAUACGAACAACUAUUCUACACCGUGAUCGAUAUAACAAGACUGCUUUAUAGUAAAUGACGUUCCACCACUACCGAUCUCUCCGUGGGCACGUUGGGAUCAGCUCUAUUUGCCCACGUUAAGCGGCUGCCCAGAAAAAUCGAAAUUAAUUAAAAAACACACAAAUUCGUAGUAUCAAAAGGUAUUAUUUUACACACGUGAACUAUAAAAUUGACAAAAAUAUUAAAUAAAUUACUGCAUAAAUAAAACUAAAUAUAAUAUACUAAAUAAAAUUACUAUUUAGAUGUGGAAGAUGUACAAAACUUUAUAAUUUCUUGUUGUCUAAGCUGUUUAGUGUGGAUCUGGUUAAUUAAAAGUGGGCACAUGCUUCAAGCUUUUCAGACGGACUAUUUUCGCUACCCUCUUGCAUGAACUCACACACAAGUUUAUAUAUUUAGUCAACAAAAUCCCAUUAAUGUUUAAAUGUUAAUACUUUUGAUUACAAUAAUUUUCGAUAAUCUCAUAGAUACAACGAAACCCGAUUGUUUUAGUCGUUUUUAAAUACAUAUGUAUACAUUCUAGCACUAUGAUAAAAUAAAAAUUGCCCACAUAUACCGAAUCGAGUGUCCAUAUUAUGCGAUUUUUCUUAACCUUGUUAAUAUAAAUUUGUAUUGAGAUCAGACCAUUUUGCCCAUAUUACGCGGAUGCCCAUAUUAACCGUUGUGCCCACAUUAGGCGGAAUCCACUGUGAAUAGAAAAACGUAUUUAUAGUAUAAUAUAUAGUGUUGGGUACAAUAGGAUAUUUAUACUCAAACUAUCGCAUUUGAAUUAUUCGAUAGAUUAAAAACUACUCGAAUAGGUUUAACUAUUCGGUUACAAAAAAAAAAAAAAAAAAUACUAUUCGAUUAAAAAUUCGACACUCGACAAAAUCAACUAUUCAAAAGUAUCCAUUCGUUUUUUUUUUUUUGAAAUUUCUAAAUAGUGUAAUUUGAUAAGCUAGUCGAUAUAAAUUAUCGCAAAUAUGCAUAGUUGUUCGUAAAACGGGAAGUAUAAUUUUAAAAUAUUCAUAUUAAUUUUUCAUUUUUGGACGUUGUUCUUAAGACUUUGAAAUUCAAACUAUAUGUAUGGGUAAACUUAUAAUGUAUUUAUGGUGUAGUCUUGAAUUAUUUUCAAUAACCGUGGAUUUAUCAAAUCGAAUAUUAAUUGAAAAAAUUGCCAAAAAGUUUGAAAAAAAUGUGAUUCCAUAAUGGUUAGUAUUGAUUACUAAUCUGGUUCGCCUUUGGGUGCCAAAAUUAAUAAUAAUAACAGAGUACGGUAUUAUUAUGUAUUUAAACAAGGAUGUAUUCAGCUCUCACCCAUCAUAUUUAACGCCUAUAUUCACGAAGCCAUAGAUUUAAUAAAAUAAAGAACUCAGUUGUGUGUAAAAAUAAAUGGAUGGAAUAUCGACAUACUAAGAUUAGCACAUGAUAUAGCAAUAACAAAUAAAAAAAGAUGAAUACUUACAAGAAUUAUUAAGAACCGUAGAGGAAGUUAUGAAUACCCUUUAGAGGUCAUCACUCAACAAACGGUAUUAUACUUACGUUACGUUAAAUUUGUUUGCUUUAUUUAACUAACAAAUUACGCUUCUUUAAAAGUUAAAUCAUGAUGUCAAAAAAAAAAAAAAUCUUAUUUAGUUAUUACUAAGACUCGAAGUCAUUGCACUAAAAAAUCAUUAAAAUCGAUUGCAUAAUUGCAGUAAAAAAUAUCCUAGAUUGUACUUAAAAAUUGCAAUCAAUUAUUUUAUUUACCAAACGAAUAAAAACAUGCUACGUUUUGGGGAAAUAACAAUUUGUGCAUCGUUUUAUCAAAUAAUAUUCCCACCACUGCUAUCACAAUCGAUAAAGCCAGAAAUAACCAUAAAUUAUUAUAUUAUUCUGACACAUUAAUAUCUGACAAGGCUCUAUCUGUCGUUAUUUUAUUUCUAACGUAUAAAAAAAAAAAACAAAUCAAGUGAGUAAUAUUUAAAAGUGUCAACAAUUGUACUAUGAAUGAAGAAAAUUGCAAUCAAAUUAAAAAAAAUGACGAAAAUUGCAAAAAGUUGCAUUCAAAAUUUUUAGAUUUUAAUUCGUACAUGCAUGGAACGAAUGUAAAACUUCCUUAGCAAUAAAUCCGGACAAUAGAAGUAAAUGUCGCGAAUGCAACAAUUUUCGAGCUUUAGUUUAUUGAAAUGGUUAAGAAAAAUCGGGACGGGCCCGGGCCUUCCAAGCCUAUCCGCUUUGUACGCCACCGGCGCGUAGAACGAAAAAACUGUGGAUGAUGAGGCCGCGAUCAAGAAAAACGUCAACAAUUAAUAUCGAUAGACUUUGGACGCAAAGCGUACGGAAAGAAAGCCGAAUAAUGGGCAAUAGCGGAGAGUUUGGUGCAAACCGAUCCCGGGUUUCAAUACAGACGAUGACCAAGACGUCGACGGUAUUGUAAUUGAAUUUUUUUUAAUUUUGAAGGGCGUAUUAGUUGCGCAGCAGCAGCAGCUGUGUGUGUGUGUGUGCGCGCGCGCGCCUAUUUUGUACCGUUAUCAUUAAUACAAUUCACGGUGUUCGCGAUGAUUACGGGUAGCGAAAUAAAUAUUAUUAUUUCGAAAAUGUCAGCUGUUAUAGGUAAUGCCGAUACGAUAUUAUUAUAAUAUCUUUUCGUAAUAAUUCGAUAGAGUAAAAUUAUAGUUAUUACUAUUAUUAUUAUUAUUUUUUUUUUUGACGUCGCGUCGCGUAUUCGUUUGUUUAUAGAAAAAAAAAAAAAUUUGUAGGUCAGAGAAAAAAAAAACAACCUUAUUUUAUCCGAUAUAAUAAUUAUUACGUUCCAAUGUAAUCGUUGUAAUCGUUUAAAUAUACGGUACAAAACGCAUCGUCGUUUAGUCAAUGGGAAUUAGAAUAUCAAUACGAAUAUUAUCGCAGAAUAUUAUUAUAUGACGUUAUUGUAAUAUUGACCUAAACGUUAUUUAUAUUAUUUUCCGAACACGUUUUCUUCGUUAUUUUUUUUUUUAUUUUAUCUAAAGUGUGUGUUCGCGCGCGCGUGUGUGUGUGUGUGUGUGUAUGUGUGUAGCUCUAUUCAAUCAAUCGAUACGCGUACGUAAGCAGUGUAAUAUUAUCUGCUAAUCGGUCCGUGUGUAAUAUUAUUAUUGUCUUUAUUAGAAACUUAAUUUGACGCGUUUAAUUUGAACGUUUAAAAUAUAAUAUUGUAUUAAAUAUCGUCAAGGAUUAUAAUUUUGAAUUUUUUUUUUUUUUUUUCGGCAGGUAGUGGAAUUAUAUAAUAAUUAUAUAAUAAAUUGUAGUGUUUAUUUUCGCGCUACACCACGAUGUAUACCGCACUAUUUAAAUACUGUAACAACGUGUUGAUGUUGUCGGUACAUAUUACAGAACAUUAUUCGCGUUGAAUACGUUAAUAUAAUAUGGUAUUGCGGGCGGUUGAACUGUUAUAAUAAUAAUAAUAAAAAAAAAAACAACAACGAACUACUAACGUUUUACACGGGCAAAACGGUAUUCCGUUUUUGUUAUCUUUUGGAUUUUGAGCGUGGCGAAGUCCGUAUAUAUCACUUCACAGUGAUAUUGUGUGUGUAACGAUUGAAGGAUUUUUUCACCAGAAAUAAUUUAAGUGUAUAUCGUAAUGUGCUAUUUGAAAGAAAAUUGUCUUUAGUUGGUGUGUCGGUUUUUUUUUGAUUUUUCCGUGUAAGUAGUUUUCUCAAUAACAGAGAGAUUAAGAUAGUUAGAAGAAUAGAAUAAUUAAGAUAGUCAAAAAAGUAUAGGAAUAAAAUAUUUUUUAAAUUAAAUUUGCCAUAUAAAAUGUUACUUGUACUUUUUUAUUCACCCCACAUGUUUAACAUUUGAAGACUACGUGUUGUCACAGGACCUAGUUAACGUCGCGAAAACGUGAGUAGGUAUCAUGUCUGCGCUAGUUUAAGCAGACAUGUUAGAACAUGUAUAGUUAAUAUUGCACAGCUUUCCAUUUAUAUGAAGCAUGCGUUUUAACCAUGUUAUUAGUGGACUAUUUAAUAGCUACUAUAAAGCUGUUUAUGCAGUUAUGUUGUAAAUUUUCUUAGUACAAAGUAUAUUAUAUUGUACAAGCUAUUACCAUGUAAAAUAUACCAAAAAUUAGUUUUUGUUAUUUUGCAGGUGAAUGAGUUGUUAAAUGAAAAAUGUACAAAUAACAUUUUUUGUAGGAUAAACAAUUUAAAAAAUAUAUUGUUCUUACACUUUUUAGUCUGUCUUAAACAUUUUAGACUAAAAUUACAAAAAUCUAAAAAUCACCCUUAUUUGAACUUCAACCCUCUUGAGGCACGCCUUAAGGUUUACCGAUUUUUACGAAACUUUACAAAAUACAUUCUUUUGUGGAUUUGAACAAAUUUCAGUGGUAGCCCAAUCAAAAACCGAAAAGAAAUUUUCUUCAUCUAUAGUCUAAGGACCACCCUAAUAGACAUGGUAAAGUUGUCAAAACAUUUUUGCGAUUUUUGAACUGUUUACAUGUAUUUAACCUUUUUGAGUUCUUUUAGUAAUUUAGCGGAGCGAUAUUUAGCGGUAUGUAUUGGUUUUAUAAUGUUAAUUGUUUUUUUCAUCCGUGAAAAACUUUUCUUCCAGAAAUUUUGUUUCGAUUUUCAAGUUUAACAUUUUUUCUGAAAGGAAUUUUAACUGAGGUGGUACUUUUUUGAUUUUCCCAGAAGUUUUCAUAAUAAAUGGAAAAAAAAACGCAGGGAAAACUUACGAAACGUAUUAUUUUCAAAUAAAUAAGUGUUACGGCUUUUAAAAUAUGUAUAACCGAACUUCACUUAGAAUCGUUUUUCGUUAUCAAAGAUUAAUCGUUGCGUACAGAUAUAGGUACAUCAAAUUUCCCUCUAUACUCUACCUUCCCAAAUUCAUACGUCUACAACGGUUGCCCACGUGCGAAGAUGUCCGUAUCUUUUUAGGUUUUAUUUGGUAGGUAUUGUACGCGAAUAAAAUUGUUUACUUUAAUUUAUUUACACAUUCGAAUUUUUCUCAAACCGUCUAGAAAUAUAUAAAUAACAUUACGUAGACGUCACUGAAAUAUUGAAAUAUUGGAUACCUAUUUUAUUUCAUGUCAGAUCAAAUUUUUUCCUCGUGUAUUUACAUUAAAUGCGUUAUACAGAACGGCGUUUCUUUCAAAUGGUAACGUGAAAUUAUGUUUCAGUCGGAUGGACAUCAAUCGAAACAUGAAUUUUUUGGGGGAAGGGGGCAUCUAGGAAAUACAUAUUUUCAGCCGAUUUUCUCCACCCACGAGUAAUUAAACUUAUAUUUUAUUAAACGGAAGCAUCUAUUAUGUAAACCGGGCGGUAAUACUAUUGAAGAAGUUAAAUGUUGAGUUAUAAGUAAAUUUUUUCGUUGACCACUUAGCUUCAUUAGUAAAUAAUUUGAACUUGGUUAUUUUGUUCAGAUUUCAGUGAUUUUUAAAAACUUAUUUAUGCAUUUUUCGUAUAAGAGACUGCGUACUACGUAUUUUUAGAUGAAUAUCAUAUUUCAUAACUAUCUCUUAAAAAAACGAGCAUAACUUUUCAGUGUAGUAGUUUCAUUAAAAUUUAAAUAAAAAAAUGUGAAAUUUUACAGUGAGAAGUACGGAGGUAUGAGUGUAUUUUAAAGGUACGCUCAAAAAAAGCAACUUUAUCGACUAGGCAUAUUAUUUUCUUGACGAUUUUUAAUUUAACUUAAUUACUUGAAUUGAUUUUUAUUUUAAAAAUAACAUUUAUAUAGCUCACUAUUCUCAUUAUUAUUUUUUUUUUUUACGAUGACUCAAUCUAAACUAGCUGUAAACAAAUUAUCUAAUUAACUCUCCCAGCUUUGCCGUUUUAUAUAACACCGGAUUCGAACCGUCGAAUUUGUCUCGGGCGAAAUUUUAUCAAACGAAAAUUAUAAAAAAAAUAAUAAUAUGAUUCUCUUUUCUCCGAGUAUGCGAUUGUCUUUAUUAAUAAUCUCUCACUUCCUCGGCUAAAUUUCUUCACGUCUCAAAAGAUACACGCGAAAAAUUUCGUUAUUUAUCGCGGAACUAUAUAAUAAUAACAAUAAUAAUAUUAUAAUAUAGGAUGACGGACCUACGGUUUUUAAAUAUUUUUUUCGCCUGCAAUAAAAAAAAAAAAAAAAACAUAACAUAACAUUUGUGACACCGCAUUACGAUCAUAAUAAUAAUAAUAUUACGGCGAUGACAGUGAUAUAAAAAAUAAUUUAUAUACUAUAUACGAGCUCGAACGACUAUAAAAAAAAAAAAAACAAAAAAAAAAAACUACACCGCAUCAUAAAAUACUGCAGUUUUUUUCACGCGUUUAGUCUUAAAUAUUUUAUUAAUUUCAAGUGGGCACUUUAUUACACGGCCUAAUCGCCGUGUUUUCUAAAUUAAAUAAAAAACAAAUAAUAUUUGCGUUUCAAACAUCAUGACGGUUAGAUACAGUCGAUUCGUGUUUAUUAUUGUAUUAUUUAACGACGUAUUUAUUUUUUUAUAUAUAUAUAUAUAUAUACAUACACGAUUAUUAUUGCCGCAUUAAAAACUACACAGCGUUAAACGGUCGCGACGCGUAUUUGAUUGGCUGAAAUUUAAUCGAGAUUUAUGGAGAGAUAGACAUUAGGCCUCAGAGAGAGACAGAGAAUAGCAUUUCUUUUAAAAUAAACAACGAUUACUAUCUAUUAGCAGAUUUUUUUUUUUUUUUUGAACACAGACGAGUUUAUUUGUAUCAUUUUUUUUUUAUAACCCGAUUGCAAUGAGAGAAUAGCGUUUGGGUUUCGUGUAUUAGGCAAGGGCGCCCGAAGGUGAAAAUUUAGGGGGCGACAGCCUAAAUUUGUAUUAAUUAUCAAACACUUUUAUUAGGUAAUACAUGAUAUAGAUUUUUCAAACAAAUUUAAAAGUAUUAAAAUAUAAUUUUUAAAUUGUAAUAUUUUAAUGUUUAGACCAAAAGGGUAGGGAAGGGUAUAAGUAGCCUAUCUAUGACUCUUCUCUACUCUUCCGGUCGUGUUAAACUGUUAUAAUUCAUGAACGGUCAAUCUGAUAUUAGUGUUGUGCAUAUAACAAUUUCUAGAAAGAUAUUUCUAUUUAAAAUUUUGUUCAGAAAUGGGUUCCUAUUUAAAAAUCAAAAUAAUACACUUAUUUAAGGUAAAUGGAGGAGGCGUAAAAAUUAAAAAUUGUUUUAAAAUAAAGCUUAAACGAUUCUAUAAUGAUUAGAAAAAACAGAAAUCAAAUUCAUUUAAAUUCUCUUAGAUAAUUGAUGGUUCAUGAAAAAAUAAUCACCCUGUAUUAUGAUAAUUAAUUAGCGGAAUUCUGGUACCAACACUGAUAAAGAUAACAAUCACUGGAGCGCGGACUCGCUGCGUUCAUAAUAUAAUAAAAAACGAGCCGUGUCGAAUACCGUUACUCCCACCACCGAAUGGCAACUUAUUUAAAUGCGCAUUACUUAACAUUAGAUUUUAGUAAACUUUAACUUAACGUUUCACAGAAACAAAUGAUCGUGACUGAUCGAGUUUGGUUUCAAAAUUUUUAUCUUAAUAUGGGCUUGAUAUUGAUAUAUUUUAAAACUAUUGAAAAAUAUAUAUGUUUUUAAAGUCGCUUCAAAAUACUUUCGAAAAGUCUUCCAAGUUUCGAUUCCCGAGAUACAUUAUGUAUAUUUUUAUUCCAAUCCAACUAUGAAUAUUCUUUUAUCUAUGAAUAUAAUAUAAAUUUAUUUAUAUAGUAUAUACCUACUCGUAGUUACAAAAUAUAAUACUAGGCAAUAUUUGUGUAUCUUUUUAUUCUUUUCAAUUAUCUUUAAGAUAAUAAUACAUAGGUAUUCAUUGGAUUACCAUUAUACAUAAUAUAUUUGAAUAUAUAUUUAAAGGCAUCCAAUAAUAAACAAUUCUCAAAGAAGUGACUGAGGUGGAAAAAUGGAAUUGUGUACAUAUUACAAGAGAAAUAAAUAAAAAAAUAAUAAUUAUACUAAAAAAAAGUAUGUAUAUAACCAAGAUAACAAAUAUAAUAAAAUACAAAAUAAUAGUUAAAAAAUAAAUACAAAUUUUUAAACAAUAUUAAUUUAGAUAGAUAAUUUGGUUUUUAAGGAAAAUUUAUUUUUAAAUACUCGAGAUAUAUUAAAUUCUUUUUUUAAAAUGGUGAAUUCUAAUGUUUACAAAACUUUAACUAAUAACAUGUAUUCAUGACUAGGAGUCCCUAAAUCAACAUUUAUAGGUUGUGUCAGGAAAAAAAAAAUAGUAUAUUUUGACCUUGGGUACUUUUUCUAGCACAUUCUAUAUCAUUUAAUUUUACAUUAUUAAAAAAAAAAUUUCUUUGACAACAAUAACCUGGAAUGUUUUUUCCAAAUGUUCAAUUCAUACGAGCGAUUUUAAAACAUUUAAUUUGUAUUUACCUCUACUAACCGACUUUGUAAAUGUUAAAUUAUUUAUAUAACUAUGUUCAAAUUGAUUUUCAAUUGACAUAUUGAUAUAAAAGUCACAUACCAGUUUUGACAUAGGUAAUUCUUCUUACAAUGCAACCAGACAUAUAAUUUAAUAUUUCAUUAACAUAUUAAUUAACAUAUUAAAUAAGUAUUAUUUAGUUGAUCUAAAAUUAUAUUAAUGACAGUUUCAUCUUCUGAAUAUGUUGUUUCAUUUUGUACGAAUUCUAUGUUUUUUUUUCUGAACGAAUUUCCAAAAUUUUUCUGUCAGAUGCUUCAGUAUCACAACAAUUACCAUUCUGCGCAAUUUAUAUGUUUUUACAUUUUAGUUUACUUUUACAAAUAAUAGAUGUCUCAAAGUAUUUUUCAAUUGGUAACAGUUGGGAUUAUUAUUACACCUCUCUCUUGAACGAACAUAUGCAAAAAAUAGUUCUAGAUGAUCUUAUAAGAGUUAAUAUGUGAGAACAAACUUUAAAGAUUUCUAAAGGACUUUAAAGGAGUUUUGUAUAGUAGUUUAUAGGAAAUGUCUAAAGUAAUUUUCAUACUAGUGAUAAAUCCUAUAACAAACAUUACUCUGACAUGGGUGUAAAUUGGCCUGUCUUUUACCAUUAAUUUUUUUAGUUAUUCAGUAGUACUAUCGAAUACAGAUUCAAUAGACUUAAUAGUACCACUAUUAUAAGGGCUUUUAAAACCUAUUUAAAAGGGAAUUCUAGAGUUUAAUAUAUCAAAUAAUCAAUUUGUCUAAUGAAUUAAACUAUUAAUUCACUUCCUUAAAAUUAAAUAUCUACUCUAUUUUUUAAAUAAUUAAUUGCAUCUGUUACACCACUACUCAAUGACUGAACUGCCAACCUAACUUUCAUAAUAUUGUUUCUGUAAUUUAACUGUAGUGAUGUCAAUUUAUUUUCAAAUCUCAAACCAAUAUUAUUUAUUGAACUACUAAAUGAUUUUGUAUACUGCUAUUCAAUAAGACAACUAUUAAUUUUAAAAACACCUUUAUCAGCCAAAAAAUGCUUCGCAAGGGUUAUUAUAUGACAUGCAUCAAAUAUAACAUUGACUUCUAAAUUACCAGCAAUAAAUGGCAUUCGUUUCGUAUGUGUUUUACCGUGAACUGUACUCCACAGGUGUUACACGUGGUAUAUAAAUAAAGUAACAUUCGGUUAUAGUUACUUUACUUUAUCGAGUACACUCAGACGAUUUUUUUAUACUGCAAAAUGCUUAAAGAUUAAUGCGGGGAUUUAUAUACUACCGAACUCGUACUAAUUUACAGAGCCUUAGUGUUAAAAGAUAGGCGAUAAGGGCAUUUCCCCCCGGGUAACUAAAGUUUUUUAAAACUAUAGAGCGCCCAGUUCGAUAUAAAAAAAUAAAUACAAUUAAAAAUAUCAAAAUAAUAUCGCUUAUUAUAAUUAUAGUUAUAUAUGAGUAGUAAUAAUAUUGUUAUUAUUAUUCGUAGUAAAUAUAAUUAUAAUUGUUUAAUUUUUAAACGUUUCGACUAGAACAAUAAUACUGGAUAUUGUUUAGAUUUGAAGAGCCUAAGUAUAACACGUAUAGUCACACAAUAUAUUAUGUGUUUCUUUAAAAAAAGUUCAGGAGUAAAGAAGAAUCGAGUUUGGUAGAGGUGAAAUGUUGAAGUUUUAAUGAAAUUGUAAAACAAGAGAGGUGCUUAAAAAUUGAUGCUCCUGGGCGCCAAACGGUUUAACACGGCUCUGCCCGUUCGUAUUGUAAAAACAGUUAUCCUCAGUAUUUUAGUGUUUAGUAUAUUAAAUUAGAUUAUAAAUUAAAUUAAAUUAAAUUUCUAAGUAUAAAUAGUUAAUUAAUUUGUAUCAUGACUAUUGACCUCGUCGUACUCUUAAAACAAUAUAAACAAUAUAAAUUUACUGAUACCAUCGGUCCGAUGGCAUCUAUUCAAAUUCCUAUUCUAGUUAUAAUAAUGUUAUGGAAAUCUAUAGUUCGUCUCAUUAAUUGGUUCUAAUGUCAAAACUGAUACAUUUUAUAAAACCGGCUUACCUUUACAGUAUGCAUACACCAUAAAAUCAAUUUUAGGGUUAAAUAAUGCAUUAUAUUAUAUAUUUUAACUUUUGAUUUCUGCAGUCGUGGAAAUGAUUGGGAUUUGUAAGCGUAUGGUUAAAGACGCACGGUAUUCUCGAAUGCUCAGAUUAUUUACGAAAUUUAAAGAGUGUCUUAUGAUUGGUAUUGACCAAUGGCAAUAAUUAUUUUGUAAUGAUCAAACAUUUGGCUGAUUAUACUUGACUAUAGUUAUAUAGGAACUGUUAACAAAUAUUUUACAAUCCAUACCUAUUGUAUAAUUACAAUUAUCAAACUUGUACCUAUAUUGAAAUAGAUCUAAUAUAAUAGACCAUUGUAUGAAUAUAUUAUUAAUUUUGAAAAUAGAAUAACUCGGAAAAUUUUCGUUCGAAUUUCGAUUUCAAAACUUUUAGAAUAAUCACAAUUUAUAUUAAAACGUGUAUGUUUUCGUUUGUAAAGCCAAAGUCGGUAUUGCCACAAAAUAUUCCUUAGAUGCCAUGGAAAACCUAUAACUAUUCGAAAAUAUAGUCUUUCACUAUGUUAAAAAUUCCCCCCCCCCCCAAAAAAAAAAUCGUAUUUUUACGAUCGUACUGAAAAAAGAAAAAAAACAACACUGUAUAGUUAGUUUUUAAUUCCACUAUAACUCUUAAAUUGCCCAACCGAUUUAGGUGUGUGUGGUAUCAUUAGAUACAUUAGAUUAAAUCAAGUAUGUCAUAUAAAAUGUAUUAAAAAAAAGUGAUGCUUUUGAUUAAAAAAAAAAAACAACGUGUCUAGAAAAUACUAUUAUGCAGCUAUACUAUCGUAGAAAUAAACGGCGUGGUGUAAUAUGAAGAAGAUUGAAUUUCGUUGUUGGUUUCUUUUUUUAUUAUUAUUAUUAUUAAUAUGGUAUAGAAAAAUGAAAUGUAAUAGAAAAAGCAGUCGUUGACUGAUACUUCUGACUGCGAGUCUAUUUCAUAAUAUUUCUAUUUAUUUUGUUCGUUUUUUUUCCACACAGUCGGGUUUUUUGAUUUUUUAACAUUGGUUUAGUUUUAUACAUCUGUUUUAAAUGAAACGGAUUUUUUUUUAACCACACUGAUUACUUUAAAACAAUAACUAUUUCUUGUUUCUUGGAGUAAUAUAAUGUCUAGCAUAAAAAAUAUUAUAAAGAAACGGUCUGUAAUUGCUCCUCGUAAAAGAUAUAGUUUUAGUAAGUUUGGGUAAAACAUUUUUCGGUAAUUUCAAAUUGAACAUUGCGUAAUUAUUUGUAUCUACAAAUUAAAAUCGAAAUAUCUUCAAUAAUUUAAAAUAAUAGCUAAAUAGAUAACAACAAAAACAAAUUUAAUAUAUCUUCUAAACGGUAUCACGUUUGAAAAAGGUUCCAAUACGAUGAGUAUUUGGUAAAUCGUUACGACUAUUUUUCACUACAAUGCGACAAAAAUACAAAAUUUAAAACAGCAGACACCACUACGUUAUUAAAUAAAUAUUCCCGGGUUUUCGACAAUACUGAGAAAACAAGGAAAAUCCAAAAAAAUGUUUUCAUUAAUGCACCGACUAAACAAAAUUUGCCAUUAGAAAACAUGCCGUUAAAGUGGACGAUCCGAGCCGGAAUUCUGGUCUUAAAGUCGUUUACAUUUAAAAUAAGGGGUAGAGCAACCCGAAUGGUUCUAAGACGAGGCGAUGAUUUUGUUUCGUGUUUGUUAGUGAUUCUAUAACGCCUAGCACGAUAAAAAUAUUUUGUACGAUUUUUGAGCUGCUAUAUUUGUUUCUUAAAUUUUGAAAUGGAAAAUAAACCGAAAAAUGUUCCGAAAUUAACGUUUUUGAGUGUUUUGCGUUAGAUUACAUUGAUUACCCUGUAUAUGAACUUACGGUACGAAAAUUCACUAUAAUAAUAAACGAUCUUACGGCGAUUUGUCGCGUAGUUUACAUCAUGAGUUUGAAUUAUUUUGGCGCGUACAAGUAAAUAUCUAGGUGUAUAUUAUAAUAUACGUCAUGAUCGGGCAUAUUUUUACUUCAUAUUGUUACGAUAUUAUAAUAUUUUAUGCAACUCAUGGAAAUCAUAUUGAUAUUGUAUUAUAAACGAUGUUACUCAGAAUGCACAGUUAUGUAGUAUAACGGGUGUCCUCCGGAAUCGUGUUUUAUCUAGAUGGCGAUUUAUUUAUUUUUUUUUUUUUUCAAUCGUACUACGAUUAUAUAUUGAAAAUACAUUAUAUCCGAGCCGCUGUCUGAGAUAAACGAUUGAAUCGUCCGGGUGAAUCUAGAUUUAUAUACUUUUUAAGUGCGAAAUAUUCAAUUUAUAUAAUAAGAAUGGUUCGAAAAUCAAACAAUAAUGUAUCAAGUCCAUCAUAAUCAAUCGCGCAGCCUUUAUGCCGACAUCCAGACGCUUAUAUCGAUUUCGGGUAACCGGCAAAUGUAUUAUUAUUAAUAUUUUUUUUUCAACCCAUUGACAAUUAUUGUCGUUCCCGACUGUUUUUAUCAUUAUCCAGAUUUAUUUUUAAAUACAUCUACAACAACGCGGCGUCCUCUGUAAUAUGCGAUAUUAUUGUACAAUACUCGAAUGUUCUACAAUAUAUAUAUAUAUAUGUGUGUGUGUGUGUGUGUGUGUGUAUAUAGUGUACAGAAUAAUGGCGUAAGUAUACGAGCACGCUGUUUUCGCCAUCAAUUUUAAAUAUUCCGACGCUCGCCUGCUUAUAUUAUAAUGUUAUACUGUUGCGAUUUAUAUAGAACGCGUUGUGUUUUCCUGUGUGUAGGUAUUGCAAUUAAGUGCCGCUCGGUACAUUUGCAUAUGAGUAGGUAUGUGUAUGGUAUCUCCGUGCUAAUACACAGAGGAAAUAGUGCACCCUGUUUUAUAUAAAUCAUUACUAUAAUAUCGUCCGCGUGUGACCGAGCGCAUAUUAUUAUCGACAAUGCGUGCGAACGAUGAAAUAUCGAGUAUUCUCGGUCAAUUAAAAAAAAAAAAAAAACAAUUCGGUUUCAACCUUUUCGAAUCUGGUCGAUCCGUGCGCACGUGCGCAUCGGUCUUUUUAUACCGUACAAUUGAUUGUAGAAAAAUGCGUUAUCCUCUCGGAUCUGCACAAGUCACCGACCGGUCUACUAUACUAGGUUCUCGAUCCGAACAAAAGGAGCUCGCAAGAGCUGUUUUUAUACAUAGCAGUUUAGACCCAAUCGGCGAGGUGAAUGAUAUAAACGAUAUUUAUAUCUAAACAGUAUAAAUGAUAACAAAUACAGAUAUUUUAUUUAAGGUAAAAAAAAAAUAAUAAUAAUAAUUUGAUGAAGAUAAUUCAGAUUUAAAAUAUAAGUAUAAGUCCAAUAAGUCUAUCAUUUUUUUUUUUUUAAAUUAUACAAAUAUGUAUGUACAGUACGAAAUAAAAUAUAACUGCAUAUUUGUGAGUUACGAACAUUGGCUGAUAUACUGCCAGUGGAUAUACCACUAUUGUAGGUGAGAAGUUGGGAUAGUAGGAUACUUAGGAAGACAUUGAGUUAUUUAAUUCAUAUUUAUAUCCGUGUUGGAAUUUUCGGCAAAUUUUUAGAACUUUACAGUGAAUUAUGAAUAAAAUAUUUAAUUUUAUUAAUAAUCAUAUAUUAUAUGUCUUAGGAUUUUAAGUAUUACCAUUUUAUGUUUAGUACAAAUAUUUUCUGUUUUCGAUUUUAAACUUUGUUUGUGUGAUGAAUGUUUUUCGCUGAUUUUUAGAGCGCGGUAUUAUCCGUUUGAGUGGUAUUUUUAAAAAUUGUAUUUGCAUCUCAUACAUACAUGGUUUUCGGUCUCCGCAAUAAACUUUACAUGUUGAAAAUUAGACUUCAUUCCGUGAUUUACGAUGCAAAAUGAAACUUUUAUCUGUUUGUUUCUGAAACGUUUUACCGUAUUAUUAGAUUGCCAAUGUUUCGAUAUCAAAAACGUUUUUCAAAAACUGAUUUGUUAGCCUCGUGUGUAACGAUAUUUUCUCAACGGAUUUGUGAUUUAUAUGUGCACAUAUGAAUAAUUUUUCGACGUAGUUUCCGAGUACGAUUAUCAGUUAUUAUGCUAAGUGAAUCUGUCCGAACCAUAGAGAUCCGGGUAUUAUGAAUAGUGAAUAAUGUUGAUUGUAUGUAGGCAUAGUUUUGAAGGAUUAAAUUUAAAUUCGUAAUUUUAUUCAUCAAAAGUUAACAUUCAAUCGUAAAUUACCAAAAUUACUUUUUAUUUUUUAUUUAUUUAAUAUCUACCGAGUAAAAACGAAAACGCAAAUCUGGUGUAUUGCAAUUGGUUCAAUAAGGUUUUUUUCUCUAAAGGCGCGUAUUAAGUAAAUUUUUGAUUUGCGAAAACGUAGAAUUUACUUUAAAGUUCAACCGCAAUAGGAAUUAUGGGUGCAAAAAUGAUUUAUUUUUUCCGCAGAUCAGUGAAACUUAACUCGGGGCGUCAAAGACAAUAAUUUCUAUUAUUAUAAUAGGUAUACUGAAACAUUAUUAUUUUUCGACAGUUUAAACAGAUAAUAUAGAUAAAUACAGGUAUACAGCAAUUAUAAUAAAAUUUUUGUUUCGCGAAUCGCGAUUUAUUAUUGUUGAACGCUGUUUUACUUGUGACGGAACCGCCAUCUUUACGUCGCUAAUGUUAACCACACAUUUUUACGUUUAUGAUCGUUCGGUUUCGAUUCUACAACAAUAUUAUGUAGGAAACAACUAUACGGACAAAUAACGAUUUAUGAUCGUAUGAAAAAACUGUAAUGUAAUAUUAAAUAAUAAUAACAAUAACAACAGGAUAACUGGCCAUAAAUUAACGCCUAACUCGGAGAAAACCAAAAAAGUAAGCAUAUAGACAAUAAUGUGUCGAUAACGAUUUCGGAACAUCUAUUAUUGCAAUUUUACAGAUCAAUCAUAAUAAACAAACGAUUUUAAAUCGCCGCUUUGGAUGCAAAACCGUACUGUCGAAAAGCAAAAAAAAAAAAAAAACAAGAGAUCGAAUCAAUAAAAAUUAUGUAACCACUAUAUUAUGUUGAGUAGGCAAUGUCGACAAAUAAUAACACUGUAAUACACAUAGAUACCGUUUAAACGAUAAUGUAAAUUCUAAAAUAUUACUCAAACGAAGAGCCAGAAUUAAAGAAAACGUCCAAUCUAAACGUAUAUUGAAACAAGAUGUAAAUAAUAAUAUUAUGUUACGGUAAAUGUUGUAAACAAUAGGUUAACGUCGUUGUAUUUAAACUUUUUUGUGCGCUAGAAUCGAUUUUGUGCUGUUAGUUUUAGCAUUAGGGUGUAUUUGCCUAAAUGAUCAAACUUAACGGUUAAGAACUUUGUCCAUUUUUCUACGUUAAUUUUUUUGUUUUACGAAAUUUUAAUUUUCAAGCGAGUUACGAAUACGUGAAAAAUUACAAUAUUUCAUCUUAAAUCGCCUUAAAAAAUUAGUUAAAAAACUGCUUAAAUUGUAACGAAUUACUUAUUAAAAAGUUGGAUAUUGGUUUAAAUAUUAUUAAUGAAAGUAAAAACUGAUUUCUAUUAUCACGAAAAUGCCAUUAGAUAAUCGGAAUUUAAAAAUAUAUUACGUAGUCUAUAACCAUAUAGUUGAAACGGAUGAUACCCAUAUGCGCGGUUAUCGAGUAUAGAAUCGGCAGGUACCUUCAAUGGGCAUAACCGUUUUCGGUUAGGAUUUUGCCAUAGCGCUCGGGCGCUGGGCGACACUGACAAUCGCCCGUCAUAAACUUGUACAUAAAAUGCAAAUUAUGAUUAAAAUACAAAAACAAAAGAUGGCGGGGGGGGGAGGAAUUCUGUAAUAAUUCGGCCGCCGAAGCGACACGAAUAAUCGCCCGACAUUCACGCGGACCACAUAACAAUUUAAAAUUUAAAGUAUAUUUCACCGUUCGUGAGUUUAUACAAUUGAAUAUGUAUACAUUAAAUUAUAUCCUUUUUAUCAUUAUAUUAGUGUACGAUUAUAUUAUUACGGGUAGAAGUUCCGUUUCGAAUUUAAUGGCAAACCGUUUUUGUUCAUUUACAUAUGAACAGAAAAUCGAAACUAAACAACCCGGAAGACUAGCGGCCGAUUUAAAAGGAUUGAUCAAUAGAGCAAAAAAAGGUAAAAGUGAAUACACUCGUCACUUUAAUAUAGAUGACUAUGCAAAACACGAGUGGUUGGUUAUGUGACUGUGACAUAAAACUCGACCUUUUUGGUUUUCCUUGCAUAUAUUUUGGUGGUGACAUGUCUUGGUUUAAAACAGGAGUAAAUCUUUUGGGUCAUCUAUCGGGAAAGAUUAAAACACACGAGAAUUCAUUUAUUAAUUUACAAAAUGAAACUAAUCUUAAAGUACUUGGUACCUUUUAUACGUUGGAUAAAGUAAACUCGGGUUACACAGUUGGAAUACAACGUUAUAAUCAAGAAAUCGAUAACAAUUGUUAUAUUUUAGACAAAAUUCUAAACUGUAUAAAAUUUCGUGGAAAACAUAAUUUACCACUAAGAGGUUACGAUGAAAAAAUAAAUUCUGAAAAUAAAAGCGUUUUUCUCGGUGUAGUUGAGUUAUGCAAAGAUUUGGAUAUAAGCCUACGUAGUCGUUUUGCAAAUUCGAAAGUGUUUAAAGAGACUUCUAAAUUAAUAAAAACCGAUUUGUUAGAUUGUAUACUUUUCGUAGCCAGAAAGCAAAUUUCACUUGAAAUAAAAACUGCGCAAUUCGUUUCUAUAAUAGGUGAUCAGGCUACUGACAUUUUUAAUAAUUUUCAGUUAAUUAUAGUAUUUCGCUAUGACAUAAAACAUUAACCGGUAAAACGAUUUUGGGGGUUUUCAAAUCCUGAAGGCCUCAAUGCAGAAUCAUUAACAUUAACAAUAUUAUCUGAAAUAAAACUUAUUUUAAAAAAUACGCCUAACAAACUAAUAGCGCAAUCGUAUGAUCGGGCGGAAAUAAUGAGUGGAAAAAAAGUGGUGUUAACGUUAGAGUAAUGGAAUUUCACCCAUACGCGUAUUACAUUCGUUUUUAUGUACAUCAGUUAAACUUAAUUAUGACAAUCUGUUUCUCAAAACAAAGAAGUUAGGAUAUAAUUUUCAAAUUUAUCAGAAAUACUGAUUGUUUUUUCGAAUUCACCGCAAAGAGUAGCGGUAUUAGACAAAUUAGUUGGCGUUCGGUUACCAUGGACAAACUAGAUAGAAUUUUUAUAUUCGUCGUACUGUUAAUACUGUUUAUGAGUAUAAAAAAUGAAAUAAUAGAGCGCAUGGACAAAUUAAUAGAACUAUCCCAACAAACAUUAACAAUUAAUCAGGCAGGGUCAAUUAGACGUUUGUUGAGCGACUCAGUAUUUUUUUUCUGGCUAACUGCUUUUCAUAAAAUAAUGCCACAUAUAGACUGUCUAUAUAAUAGUUUUCAAGCUGUAAAUAUUGACCCAGUACUAAUAAAUAGUUCAGUUGAAAAAUGUAUAGAGGAAUUAAUCAAAAUUCGAAAUAAUGUAACAUAUUAUUGUUCAAGCUUUGAAUAUGCCCAAUAUAAAUAAUAAAAACGAUGUUUGCAAUCAGAUGAAGAAAUUAAUACAUCUCGAAAAAGUUUAGUGUUUAAAGUCUGCAAUAUAUUAACUAUCAAAACUUAAGAUCGUUUAGAAUUUAACUAACAUUUAACCGCUGCUAACUUAUUUAAAGCCAAAAAAUAUUUGGAAAUUUCUAAAAUAUUUCCACUUGAAUAUUUUGAAUCCACAAUUAAAUGCUACCCGUUUUCCGGUACAGAAAGGUUAAAAUCUGAGCUUGAAAUUUUGUAUUCUCGAAAUGACUUUCGAACUUUGAAUGGAAUAAUAAUUACGCUUAAAUAUAUAAUAGAAAAUUAUAUGAAUGAAACUUUUAAAGAAGUUUUUACAUUGUUAAAAAUAUUAAUAACAACUCCUAUGACAUCAUCUGAAGCCGAAAGAUGUUUUUCAACACUCAAAAGAAUUAAAAUAUGUUUACGAAGCACAAUUGGAGAAGAAAGGUUAAAUACUUUAGCAACGUUUAGUAUUGAAAAUGAAAUAAUUUCCAACGACGCAGAUUUUAAUAAAAACGUUGUUGAUACGUUUAAUGAAAUAAAAGAUCGACGUUCAGAUUUUAAACAUAAAAACAUAUGAAAAUAUGCAUAAUUUUGUGAUUUUCUUAUUUUAAUUUUUCGUAAUACAAAAUUAUAAAUAUGUAUAAUAUGUAUAAUACCUAUAAUUUUGUUUUUCUAUAUGGUAUUAAUGUUGGCUUAUUAAUAAUCUUUUAUAUUCAUACAUAAUUGUACUCAAUUAUAAAAAAAAAUUUCAUCGCCCUCCCAUUUUCAAAGCCCACGAGUCGCCUCAGGUAUGUGUGGACCUAUACAACGCGAUUGAUCCUCAAUAAGACCAUUAUUACCGCGGAAAGUAUCGACUUUUUCCGGACGAUUAAUAAAACCGGCGGUUUCGAUUGAUGAUAAUUUAUUUUCACUUACAUUUUACUAUAUUAAAUCGAUAAUUUUCAGGGGGGGAGGGGAGCGUAUCUGUCGAUACGUUUUUUUUUCUUGUUUCGCGAAAACUACAUUUGUUUUACUACAUUACACGUUAUUUUUUUUUUUUUUAUAUUUUCGUCUUUUUGACAUUUUUAUAACAAAAAAAAUUACAAUAUUCCCAUAUCUAUAGAAAUCGUCCAAUAUAAUAUUCAAGCGACAAUAUUGUUAUAUUUUCGACGCACACAUAAAGUUAGUAUAAGUUGUGUCAUCUUCGAGUGUAUAAAAUACAUUGUAUACAUACCUAGUACCUAUAUGUGUACUGUAUACGUCAUAUACGACGAUAUGAUGUAUCGAAUGUGCAUUAGACGGGAAACAUUAUAUUAUUUGCAUUGGCAUUUUUGUACGACCCUCUACACGCUGAAAACUAUCGAAGAUAUUGUAAUAAUAUAUUAUUACGAUAUAUGAUUUUAUUUUGAAACAUACCUACACUAUACAUUUUUUUAUUUUGUUGACGUUUUAUACGACGAUACGACAACAAUAAAAUUGUUUUCGGAUCCAUCAUCGUUUUGCAGUUUUAAAUUACCAAUAUGCAACCCAUUAAGAGUUGAAGGGAGGGUUAAAGGAAGGACAUAUCACAUCACCCCCCUCCCUCGGAAAAUAAUAAAAUAUAUACUAAAAAUACAAAGUGAUGCGUGGACCACUGUUGUAGGUAAAAAGUUGGAGAGGUUUAAUGGAAAAUUUAAUGUUUAUCCGUACGCAAUGUUUAAUUAUUGUUAACAAAAAAUGAUUUUGAGCGGAGUUCGGUUAUACACAUAUUUUGAAAAGCCGUGAUAUUUACGAUUUUUGUCAAAAAUUUGAUAUUAAAAUCCUCACGAAAAAAUAAAAAAUACUACAUUAAACUCGACUUUUUAUUGUUAACCACUAAGUAAUAAUGAAGUUAACUUAAUUAACUAGUAAUGAACCUCCUGUUAAAUUUUUAAGCAUUAUUUCUGUUUGAUCUAACAAUUUUAUUAUCAUAGUACCAACAGAAUAAAUAUUAAAGGAAAACAUAAUGUUUUUGUUCAAAUUUCAAGUUUCUACGAAUAAAUUUUAAAACUGAAUUACAACAAAACGAAAAAACAAAAUUCAAAAUAAUAAAACCAUUAUUUUUGUAUAUAUUCCAGUUUUUCCCGUUUAUUAUGAAAACCCCUGAACAACUAAUAAAAUAACCUACCUUUAAGUACCACUCUAGGAAAAUUCCUUUCCACGAAAAGUGUUGAACUGUAAAAUCGGAAAAAAAUGUCUGGUAGAAAAAUUGUUCACAGAAAAAAAAAAAGCUGUGGUGUUUACGAUUAUUGGCACUCAGUAUAUAAAGCCACAUACAUUUGCUUUUAAAAGAUUUAAAUAGCUGCUGUUUGAAAUUUCACAAACCACCACCGAGUUUUAAAUAAAUUGGAUAUUUUCAUAAUAUGUUACUGAAUAUAAUUACUUAUAUUCGAUGGUCUAGACUCUAGACCGUUGUUCAAACAAUUAAUAUUUAAUGGAGUUUUACAUCAAAUAUUAUCGACAGUUUGAAAUGCGAGACUUUGGAAAACGUAUUUUUGUUUUAAUUCGUUAUUAAUUGCUGUAUUUCGGUAGUUUUUGUUUUUAUUUUUUUUCUUCAUAGCUGUUCGUGCAACGUCCACGUACAUAUUUACAAUGUCUCGACCAUCGCUUCACGAUGCUAUUAUACAUUAGCAUAAAUAUUGUAUAUUCGCUUCGGUUUAUAAGUCAAUUAUAAAUUAAUUAUAAAAACUUGUAUUUCGUUAUACACGUGUUCACACUUUUAAAUAACAAAUAAAUAAAAAACAAGCAUCGCAAAUUAAAUAUUAAUACUAUACGAAUCACUUCGCUGUAGAUACACGCCAGUUAUUAUUAUAAAGAUGUCGUUUUCUCGGCAAAGAAUAAAACAACGUUCUUUUUAUUCCGCUCGGAUAUUUAUUUUCACAGUAGUAUUCUAGUAAAAAACCUGUGUUUUCAAUAACAAUUACAGACUUUUGUUAUAACGCGUGAAUUGAAUAGGUACGAGUUUAUUUUCUCUGAAAGAGUACCUAUUGAUUUAUAUAUUAAGACUUUAAAAAAAAAAAACAAAAAAAAAAAAAAAAAAAAAAAAAAAAACGUAAGCAUCACGGGUAUACUGUGACGCCGUUGAACUUGCCCAUCAAUAUGUUAUUGUGGAUCGAAAGAAGAACUUCUAUUCUAUUCUGCGUUGAGUUUUCGAGAGUUUAACAAUACGAAUAUAAUAUUAUAUACUUAUUCCACUCGUACUAUGUCGGGUAUGCGUAGUUAACUACUCCGGGGGUCUCCGGUGCAGUCUUGUAGUCUUCUUGAAAUUUGUUUAGGUAUGAUUCGUUGUGCAGCAUAAACGAUUUGUUACACGACUAUAAAACGAAAAAACAGAAAAUUUUUAUCGAUUUUAUACGAACGUACGCAGAACACGAUUAUAUUGUACUAUAUUAUAUUUUAUAGACGUUUAUAUUUGUUCAAUUAUUUAUUUCUAGUCGAACGUUAUAAACAGGGUUCCGGACAUGGCGUUUCCUUAUUGUGUGAGUUUAGCAUUUAACCUUGCACUGUGCUGUGGAAAUGUAUUUCUUGUUACGAGUUCAAAUAUGAAAUUUUUUUUCAAUUCAAUAGUUUUUUUUUUUUUUUUUUGUUACUAAUUUUUCUGAAUUCGUUUUGGCUUAUUUUCCGCUUUAUGAUCACGAAGGCUAAUGAUCAAAACCCAGAUUUGUCCACCUAUAGUUUUUAAAUAAUUUCGUCUUUCAAUUAAAUUACUCAACGCGUAUUUAUUUGUUUUCAUUAACUUAACUUCUUGUCAUGUUCUCUUCAAGUGAUUUUUAUUUGUAUUUUUAGUGUUAUAAGCCCCAAAUCCUUGUUCAGUGGCAGCGCGAGCUCAGUCUGAAUAGGUAGUCAUAGGUUUUUUUUUUAAAUAGGUUAGCGUUAGAUAAUCAAAUAGGAAGUUGGUAUGUAGUUGAAGUAAUUUUCGCAAAAGGCGAAUUUUUUAAUAAUAAAAAUAUAAUAUUUAAUUAUCGGGAACAUAUUAUAAUGUGGGUUUUUUUUUUUUUUUUUUAAUUAACGGGUAGUUCGGUGAGUUGAAUAAUUUCACUCACCUCACUAAUGAUACAAGUUCACACCGCCAUUGUCUGGUUAUAAGCAUCGGCUUACCAUAUAAUAUUUUAACCUAUAAGACCACAGCACUCUAUUGCUAUUACGGUCGUGAGGUUAACCCUAUCAUAACAACGUAACCAUAUCGUUUAUGUAAUAGACAAUAUUUCAGAAUUAAAGUUUUGAUAUGGAUGUUGACGAUAAAUGAUAAUUUGGAAUUCAAAAUUUCAAAAUUGUAAUGCGUUUGAUAUCGGAUUUGAAUACCGUUCGACGCGCGUGUUUAUGAUUAACGCGCGGACACGAUAAUAGAUGGUAAUUGAAAUGUAUACGGUCCGGGCGUGUACAUACGCGUUUGUAUACAAGUGCGAAAGCGUUGUCAUAUUGUAAUUUUAACCGGGCAAUAUUUCGAUUAAUCGAAACCCGAAACGACGGACAGUGUGCGCGUGCGCCCGACCGGACUGUUAUCGAGCAUCGUUAAUUCGGGCCCGCGUGCCCGUUUUGUGCGAGUGACGAUAAAUAACGUGCGCGUCGGAACCGGUCCCGGCAACAAGGCGACAAUUGUGAACGCGCGGGGCGAUACGGCGGCGCAUGUGCGUGUGUCGCCCGUGCGCGACGCGACGCGACGCGGGACAAACGGAAUCGAUUGAAAGAGCGCGGGCGCGGCGGCCACGAUUUUCGUUUAUUCAUUUUUCGGACGGCUGCGUAAUGGGCACAGCACCGUUCUCGUUGUUGUCGACGUGAUUGGCGCCCGCCGGAAAUUCGUCAGGCAGGAGCAGCGUUCCUCUUGGCCAUUUUUUUUCUUUCUUCUUCUUAUUCUUAUAAACAACCCCAAACGAGAACCCUUUGAAGAACCUUUGGUCGACUCAGGGAGGGGCGUGACGAAAUCAAACACCAACGAAAUCCGUAUAAAAUUAUCCAACUAUAGGAAUUGUAUUUGAAAUUUUUAAGUCCAGGGGGGCAAAUGCCCCGUCUUGCCUCCCGCUCCGGGGGUCCGUCUCAUAUCAGGGUACUGCGGGAAAAAAAACCGAUCGCGUUAUAUUACGCGAGUAUUACAUUAUGGUAAGGGUUAUGAAUGGAUAAUAAAUAUUUCGCUUGACAUUUUUACGUUUAACAUAUUUCAAACGUGGAAUUUCACGCGGCACGAAAUAUUGAAAAAUACAUUUUUUUUUUUUUUUUUUAUUAUCUGUUCAUUGGUUCGGUUUCUUAUCAUUUUUAUAUAAAUACUAAAAAUACUGAAAUACUGUUGUAGUUCGGGUCAAUUCGGUUUGAACUUUAUGCACUGUAAAUGUUAUUCAAAUUGGCUCUGUGCAGUAAUAAACACAUAUUAUUUAUAAUGUCAAAAAUUAAAAGUAAAUGGACAAUAUUUCCAGACUAUUGCUAAUAUUGUAAAUAUUUUAAAUUUGUCGUUAACAAUUUCUUAAAAGUUAUAUUAGCUCGUUUGUUCAUAAAUCCUUGAAUUUUCUAGAUUUGUCUCGUAUAUUAAUAAUACGAAGAGUUUUGUUUUCAUAAAUCAAUUAUAUAAUUGGUGUCUAUUUUUGGGUUACCUUGAUAACAAUGGAAAAUAUACGACUAAUAAUACUCAGCAAAGAAUCGCUUUUGGUUAGCAAUGGUAUAUCGUUGCGUACAGAUACUACUGGAUUAUUCUAUACUAUAUUCAUGCUUCCAAACUAUAUUUUUAAAAUAGCGACACGUCCAUAAACAUUAUCGGCCUUAUUUGCAUACAGCAAUUUCCAAAAUGUUAUUAAAACGAAAUAAUAAAAUAACUAAAUACCUAGCCGAAUGUAUGAUAGAAUCACUCAUCAUACGAGAUAUGAGGUCAUUAGGUAUGUAUUCCGCAUGGGUGAACUGAAUUGACUGACUCAUGAAAUAAAUGUGCAUGCCUCGAACUACGGGAUAAUAUUAGAAAUUAAUGGCGAUGGAUUUCAAAUAUUUUUCAUAUUAUCGCAUAAUUCUAGACGCAGACAUAUAUUUCGCCAGUUGAUAAGUAAAACGUGUCUUCUCGGUAAAUUUUAACAUUAUGACGACUGCUUCCAGCUGAUUUACUCCUAAUAUACCUAAUAAUAAUUGUUUUAUGUAUUGUGCCUGCGAUUAAAACGUCAAUUGGAGUAGUGUUAAUUAAUAUGCAAAUAUAUAGUAUCAAAAUUAACAAAAUUAAUUUUGGUUUUUUUUUUUUUUUAUGUUCGUAAUACUACACGAUAACAUUAUUAACUCUUCGUUGUGUCUCCUUUACAGGUAGCGACGAAGACGAGAAGCAGACCAAUUCGGACGACGAAAAAGUCCGGUCCGGUAACGGGCGCCGGACGCAACUCCAAGUGGUCAGCCGUCUGCUGGAAGUUAACCGGACCAAAGUGAAACGAAAACGACGCAAGUCGUGGACCGGUCCGGUGGGUCGGGAGGGUCCGAACGGCGGCGACGGGGUCGGACCGUGCCGGAAAGGCCACAGCCUGGACCAGGGCUACGAGACGACCCAUCACCAUAACCGCGACCAUCACCAGGAUUUGUCGGCGGUCCGGUUGUACCACCAUGCCGGCCUUUUCCGGUCGUUCAGCACCAGUAGCGGCGGCGCUGGUGACAUUAACGGCAGCGUGGUCGUGCUAGACGGCGGUUCCGAAGGCGCCAACGGUUGCCACGUGCCAGGGGCCCGUCAGUUCAGAACCCCAUCGGUGGUGGUCAGCGACCAUUCCGAGGAUCCGGUGUCCUUCUCGUCCAUGUUCACACUCGACGACCUGGAUGAACUAGAAACCCGUCCCGACUGCGGAUUCAACGAUUCGUCAUCUGACUGCAGUGCCGCGAGCACUUGGAGCGCCGCGGGCAGCGUCAUCAGCGUGUUGGACGCCGACUAUUCCCUGCACACGCCCGAGCGCAGGAUAUCCGGAUGCAGUACGUGUAGCGGCGGCGAAGAUGACCAGGACGCGGAGUUCAGGCCGACCAAGUUGAAGCCAAAGGUCAGUGUUAUUCGCAUUUCUAAACCCAGUCACCCAGUGACAUUUUCGUCGUGA